AACUUAUAAACACUGAAAUGCAUGGAAUACAAUUAUUGUUAAACCCCUGCUGCAAGGGAGGUUUCCACCUCCCUCGCCUUGAUGCAAAGCUGCCCAUAUGACCAUCUAUUAUGAGGGCGUUUGCUCGAAUUGUAUUAAAUAUUGUGUCCCGUUACGAGCCGCUAAAUUUGUCACACGGUGCAAGAAGUGGCUUUUGGCGCGUGUUGAGAGGAGAGUUUCAAUUUACAACUGUGGUUAAUAGAACUAUCGUAGUCCCGAAAAUAUCCACCGCUUCCGUUCCUUUCAUUUCUAUGGGAGCAGCCAUCUAUUUGUAGACAGUACUUACUCCAUGUGUAAGUGCUAGAUCAUUUUGUGAGCUUAAGUAUUGUACAUGGUGAUGAUGAUGGAGCGAUCCCACCAAUGACAAGAAUCUGUUGAAGAUCCUCUUGUAGGAUUACUUCUUGCCAAACAAGUAACUAAAUUGCCACCAGCUUGAACCACCCAAAAAUGUGGCUUACAACGCACUCAAGUUACGAUGGAAUUGAUCCUCCUCGCUUUUGUUUUGGGUCUCCUUGAUCCAAACCAAAGAAAUCAGAUCCUGCCGAUGGAUCUUACGUCUGCAAUGGUGUCUGUAAGGUUGCGAGAGUUUCGGUGCAGAGAAUAGUCAAAUCAGCUGCUUGUUAAUGGUACCCUUUGGAUUGAGUCUGUUCUGAGCUAUAUAACAACCUUGGUUCUGAGUGAGUUCAGGGAAUGAAAGGGAUGGAUGACUGUGACAAAAAGAUAAUCUGUCUAGAUUGCCAAACUCUGUUGAUGGAGGAUCCAAAGUAAGGAAAAGACCAAGAGCAGGCAAGCAGUGGGAACAAAUGAUGGAUGGCCAGUUCUCUGGUGGUCAUUUCUUUAACUUGAAAUGGAUGCCUUUGGAGGCCUUUUGAGGCCCUUGGUGAGAGAUGGCUUUUGUUGAAAUGGUAUUGACCUUAGUUUAAAAUGCGCCUCCUCAUGAAAAGGUCAUUGUCGCACUAACGUCCUUGAUUCAAAUCCAGUAGUCGUCAGAUAGGAUGAAUGAGAGUUAAGGAAUGGCAGAUGGCUUUCAACUUUGUACAAAGCCGCUUUUUAGAUGCGUUUCCGCUUCAAAGGACAGGAUAAUACAACCACAAUGCUGUGGAGAAAUGAUACUUACUAGAAAUGCAUAACUAAAUUUAGAAUAUAAUUAGAUAGUGAAUCAAAAUGGUGAAACAGGGAAAAUCAAAUCUUCAUAACCAUAAAAAAGCGAAAUGUAGCCGUUGGACAAAUUUUGUAUUUUGAACUAUUCAUUGUUUAUUACAAAAUCGAAUUGUUUGGAAAAAAUAUAUUUCAUUAUGGACAAAUUAAAUCAUAAAAACAAAGUCAAACCUUCAUAUGCACAGGAAAAUGUGGAAUUUUUUAUACGUGGAACAUAAAGAACUGAAUUAAAUUAACGGAAACAGGUAACGCCUUCGCCAAUAUCUAAAGUUAUCAUUUGUUUUUAUUCUCGAAAUGAAUAGUGAGUCGAAUUAUGAAUCUGUGUUUUUCUUACUGAAAUAAAAGUGUGCAAAAUGAACGGCAUUCAUUUGAAAAAGAAAUACAAGAGUCUAUGGAACCUUUGUAAAAAAGAUAUAAAUGUGAAUGGAACAAGAAGACAUAAGGCCGAGCGCGCAUCAAGAUCCUUCAACAGAUCCUGGAUGAACGUGGAAAGCCCUUCUCCGCUCGCUUUUUUUUCCUUUUUCCACUGUUCUUUCACACUUCCGAGAAUGUGAUUGGAACGUCAGUUGAAGAGCGCAUCUCCGAUCGGGAACUUGUGCCCCACAAACCAGCGGAACCUUCAGGACUCAAGAUGGAAUCUCUUGACAAUAUUAGCAAACAAAGUGUAAUGGAAAUGGAACCCGAGGUCCAAAGUGUGGCCUUCAGCGAUUCAGACCGUCUCCUGAUCUUCAUCAUGGAAGGUGGCAUCCUCAGCACGAUUUGCGUCACGGGCUUCAUCCUGAACCUCCUCGCUCUAAUUGUUCUCAUCCGAGAGCGGAAGGACUUCACCUUUGAACAGCGAUGCCUCGCGUUUUUCGACAUGAUGUUCCUGGCCUUGGCCUUUCUGACCCUUGGCCUCCCAAAUUUGUCUCAUCACUAUCGGAAGACUUUGUUUCUGGACUUCAUCAACCCUUUGUUCGGACUACUCCACACGUUUCGGGUGGGCUCGGUCUGCAUCACGGUCUGUUUAAACAUCCAACGGGUGUUUGGUUUGGUCUUCACCCAUCGAAGUCCCCCGUUCUUGCAACGACAUCUCGCAUCCAUUCUGAUCGUGAUGUCCAUUCUGUACAAUAUUCCAAAAUAUUUCGAGUUCCGCGUCAACGAGAUGUCCCACGUGGUCACCACGGAUCUGAGGAAGAAUCCGGUCUACAUCAGUAUCUACGUGUUUGGCAGUAAAUUCGUUCUGUUCGAACUGAUUCCCUAUAUUACGGUGCUGGUCUGCAACGUGGCCAUCAUCACGAAAUUGAAAGAGUCCUCGAGCUUCAGAAGGGCCCAUUCAUUUUACCAGGGACGGCCAUCAAUCGUCGAGGUCGAAGGGUCCUCCUUUCGAACCAAGGCUACCGCACAACGACAAGGUUCACUCAAGGCUGCCAAACGUAAUCAAUCGAGCUUAAACCAAACCUUUCGGGCAAUCAAAUGCACAAACUUACUACUCCAGACGAGACGUCAGUCGAGCUGUCUUGUGCAUCUUGAACUGAUUAUUGAAUGGAUGUGCUAUUCUUUAAAGCACUUAAUAUGAGGAGGUGGAAAUUGUUUCCGCAUUGGAUUAAUACAGGGCCCCUAAGAAAGCAGAAUACGGUUCGUUCCACAGAUAGAGUAUGAAAUACUU